GCAAAAACAGGAAGUGGGCUCCCAAACCUAGGAGCCCAGCCGGCGGCAAGGUUGGGACUAAGACGGGAGUCAGAGCGUCCUCCCAUCAAAUCUGUGCCGCUGACUCGGGCUGUCGCCUCUCGAGAAAAGUUGUGGUACCAUGUCGAAUAUGGAGAAACACCUAUUUAACUUGAAGUUUGCAGCAAAAGAACUUAAUAGGAAUGCCAAGAAAUGUGAUAAAGAAGAAAAGGCUGAAAAGGCCAAGAUUAAAAAGGCCAUUCAGAAAGGCAAUACAGAAGUUGCAAGAAUACAUGCUGAAAAUGCAAUCCGCCAGAAGAACCAAGCAAUUAAUUUCUUGAGAAUGAGUGCUAGGGUUGAUGCUGUGGCAGCCAGAGUUCAAACUGCAGUAACGAUGGGCAAGGUAACCAAGUCCAUGGCAGGUGUAGUUAAGUCUAUGGAUGCUACAUUGAGGAGUAUGAACCUUGAAAAGAUUUCUGCCCUGAUGGACAAAUUUGAACACCAAUUUGAAACACUGGAUGUUCAAACACAACAAAUGGAAGACACAAUGAGUAGCACUACAACCUUAACAACACCCCAAAGCCAAGUGGAUAUGCUGCUUCAAGAAAUGGCCGAUGAGGCUGGCCUCGAUCUCAAUAUGGAGCUACCACAGGGUCAGACAGGAUCUGUUGGCAUAAGUGUUGCUUCCAUGGAACAGGAUGAACUAUCACAGAGACUUGCUCAUCUACGUGAUCAAGUGUAAUUUAAAGAACUGGUGGUUUCGUUUACUUCACCCGCUUCUGAAAUAUUUUGUGUGUGUACAUAAAUAGUUGCACUCCAGUUACACUAAGAACACCAUGUAUUCUAUUACAGAGUCCUUAAACAUUAUUUAUAUAUGCUUUCUUUUGCUAUGUUGUACUUUCCGAUACUUUAAGAAAUUCCAGAGAGUUUCCAUAUUGACAGGUUUUACAGUUUUGUAUGUUAUGUUGAAAAGUGUGAGGAACAUUUUUUUUUGUCGCUGUCUUAACUCGUUGUAUAUGAAACAUCUUCCUCAAAAUUUACAUCAAAAUCUAGCCCGAAGUACUACAGAAAUAAAGUACUUUAUAGAGAAUAAAGUAUAGAAUAAAGGUUUCAGUUUCUUUUUAAUGUAAAGUAGUUUUAAAUCUCUGUCUGCAUUCACAUGUGAAGCCUAAAAAUUAAAGCGGGGAAAACAUGUUUACUUAACAUGUUUACAUAGCCAGAAACACCUCAUUUGGUGUCAUAUAGUAGACAAUGCUGUUUUUUGUUUUAUGUUUUGUUUUUGCUGUUCAAGCAGAAAUGCAGGUAACUUUUAAUCUGUGUUCAUCAGCUUUUAAAUUUAGAUUAUUAUUGGAAUUUUUACCUAGUAAUCUAAUGACUAUUUAAAUUCCUUAUAUUUAAAAUAGUUGUUCAUUAAUAAUUUUCCUGUGUAACUAGAAGAAAUCUACAUUAAAGAAAUUAAGGUUUACUCAUUUAAAAAUUUUUUCUUUGCUAUAUAUCACUGUUAAGAUUAAGAGAAAUUUAACCUUUUAUACUUUCAAAUGAAACAAACACAUUUUUAAUAAUUCUCCUAUUUUUACUCUACCCUUGUUACACUGUAUUUUAAAAAUUUAACUUAUACGGACUUAAUAUCAUUUACAUUUUCCAUAGGAAUGUUGAUUGCUUUGCUAUUUGAGAAUCUUGGCCUACGUUUUUAAACCAACCAACAAAAAUUAACAACAAAAUUGAACCAACCCAAGUUACAACUACCGUAAGCCAUGGUUAAAUGUGUUCACCCUUGUACCUUAAACAAAAACUCUUUAAUAACUGGAAGAAAUGAAGUAGAAAUAAAUGUUCAAAUAAAAUGUUUUUUCUAGCAAUGCGAAUAACUUCCAGUCCAGUGGAAGUUAGGCGUACAAUAUAGGGGGAGGGGGCACAGAAAAGUCCUAAGGUCAUAAAGAAGACUAGACUCUGCAAGGCCAGGAUUCUUGGGGAAAAGCAUUUGAUGGCCAACUGUACUACUUUCCAUCUCUCUAGAAGUAUUCUCUGUUUUACCCAAAUAAAAUGAACUAAUUAACACGUGCCUGUAAUUUUCUGAUAUAACAGCCUGAAAUGCAGAAAGUGACCAAAUUAUAUUUUAGCAAGUAUACUACUAAUCUAAGGUUAAGUAAGGUGAUUUUUUUUUAUUACUUACUGCAUGAUUGCUCCAUAAAGUAAUUUUAGUAUUUCAUUAAGUUCUAUUGAAGAGAAGAUCUGUUUACAAAUUUUUCUGUUGCUAAGGCAUUCAAAGUGCAAUUAUGGAGACUUUUUUUUUGCUAAAUAUUCCCCAUUCAUAUGUGUUUCCUACUGGAAAUGAGAGCAUGUAUAAAUGAUUAUUUUCACUGGUUAAUGAAAUGAGAAAUUACUCUUUUGCUAAGUUUAGGUUAAACCUAUUUAACUUUUUUGGUACUUGACUGUAUGGUAUAAAUAAAUAUGGUAAUCUUCCAUUUUGUUUAUACUUGAUGCUUUGUCCUUUCUACUUAAAGGGUAAAUUUGUUUAUAUUGGAACAUCUUGGGGAGCCAUAGAAAAGAUUAUUACACACUAAAAUAUCUAUGAAAUAAUUUUUUUCUUUUCCAUUGGUGGAAAUUGUAGCUUUUGUUCCUUUGAAUUCAAUAAAAAUAUUUAAAUUGUGA